AUGACCAAUCACUGGUGGAUUCCCAAGAGCAUCGAUCACCCUGCUAACGCAUCAGAUGGAAGCUAUGAUCCAACUUCUGACGGACCCCCUGCAGAACUACCAGCAGGACAAAUCAUGAGAUACGGUGCACGACAAAGAGCAGGAGCCGAACUCCGACGGUGGAUCGACCUUCCCAAUAAGCCCAAUUGUCCGAUUACACGAAACUCAAUAACCAUCCAGAACCUCGAACAUCACUAUACAAUCGAAAUUGUCCAAGCAAACCCCACGGACCGUGAUUAUGCCAAUAUCUUCCACCACCUCGAACUCGCCGCAACCACAGAGAACCAUACCAACUCUCCAUACCGAAAUUUCGAUGUCAUGUCCAUGCAUUUUUCGUGGCGGGGUUUCGUUGGUCCUCGGGUACUCAUUAUCGAGGAUAUGCACCGGCGGGCUGAAAACGUGCAUCACAUGUCUGAGGUUAGUUUGGCGUUUUAUGAAACUGACUGUCUGAUUGACACGCUUCAACACGUUAUUGUCACCAAUGUUGUGAAUGAUGAUACGAUCAGUUUCCUGUCAGGUGAGAUUCAUGGCGACCAUCUUGAAUUCUCGGAGGAUUGGUGGCGGACUUGGGAGUAUGCGACUCCUGAGUAUGAUGCUUUGUUGGCUACUCGCAUUGGUAAGAUGGUGGCGUAUAUGGUGUUGGGUGGGUUCCAACGAGGUACGAAAUGGAUUCCUCGCAUUAACACUGUGAGUAGUUGGGAUGGGAUUAGUGCGCAUAUGCAUUUCAAGAUUGCGGAUAUCUGA